AGCGGGAGCCGCCGCGGCUAGAACCCUGUGUUUACGAACAUCGCUUCUCCGAUCUCCAUGCUUGUUUUUACCAAGGGUUUCUGUCUUAAUGCCUCCUUAGUUUGUUCUGAUGGCUAGGAGAAAUGAUGGAGAUGUAGAAGACAAAGGCAGAAGGCUUUGGGACGCGUUAAAAAACAAAAAAAUCGGUGGCGUCGAACGAAAAUCAAUAAUCCGAGAACUACUACAAAAUGGUGCGCCGGCAAAUUUCAGGGAACCCGAUAGACAGGUGAGAAAACUUUAUAAAUAAGGUUCCUGUAGUUAUUUUUUUGCGGCGGCAUUACACCUCACUCUUACCAACGAAAACUGAAAGAAACUCGAGAAUGCAAGGAAAUCUUAUCCAGCGCACAGAGAGUAUAGUAUAAAGUACAACUCUAUUGUUCCAUCGCGUGUCGCUGUUCAUUCAUGACAGUGGUAAAACUUUAAUUUAAAUUUCCCAUGGAUUUUACGCGCGAUUGAAUUGUAUUGUACCGAAAAUGUCUGUUCUUUCGAAUCAAAAUCUUAAGCGAAAUACUUUCGUAAAUGAAGAAAGUACAGAUAAGACUGAUUGUAUUUGGUAAUUCAACAUUCCCUUCGCUGCAAUGCAGUGCUCGAUUCGGCUUAGCUUUUAGUCGUCCACUGCAUAGUCUGUGAUUUGCCUACAGAAUUCUCGGUUUAUAAAUUCAAUUUCUUUUUCCUAACUCAGGUAUGAGGUAGUUAAUGAUUCUCGGUUUAUAAUUUCAAUUUCUUUUUCCUAACGCAGGUAUGAGGUAGUAAAUAUAAUUAGAAUCAAUCCAUGUGUUUUUGUUUAGUCUGGUUACUUAACAGGGAUUUAGCCUUUCGGUUUUACGGGAAACCCUAUUGUUUGUUUCGCUUUCCAUUUGACAUAUUUCGAUUUCUUUUGGAAUAAGGUUGUGUUUUAAGUUCAGAUUUACCAGUAUUUAUGUUACUAUGCAGUCAGAACUACAUGUAAUACACUGAGGUAAUUGACAAAACUUACGUGUAUGGCCGCGCAUGGAAAAGUUCAAAGGUGUCUCGUGCGCGUGACAGACGCUGUUUGACAGAAGGCAAAUAAAUGUUUAGGAAGUCAUCCUUUCGUGGUAGCUGGUCAAAGUCCAGUCAUUUCAAUUUGCUGCAUGCUCUCGCCUGUUGUUGUAACUACGGAGUGGGGAAAUAUUGAAAUUUGUGCGUGGAUGUGUGACGUCCCGAGCCUUAAAAUAACCAGACUGUAGUGACCUGAAAUAUACUGAUCGCUGGCUCAAAGAUAAUGAGUUAAGUCUCAAAGUUGCCAAAACAAAGUUUAUGGUUAUUAGCUCGAGGCAGAAACUACAGUCCUUAAAUGACUAGACAAUGAACAUUCAUAUAGAUGACGUCCCAAUAAACCAAAGCAAUCAAAGCAAAUCCCUCUGGCUUAUCACUGAUGAAAAUCUCUUGUGGAAGGCCCACAUUCAUGAAAUCUCUAAAAAAGUAUCCUCUGGUAUCGGUGCUCUUAAGUGGGUCAGGCCAUUUGUUUCAAUGCACACUGCAAUUAAAAUAUACAAAGGUCUUAUUGAGCCACACUUCGAUUGUUGCAGCUCUGUAUGGGAUGGCUUGACCCAACAGCUUAGGGAGAAACUUCAAAAACUUCAAAAUCGUGCUAUCAGAGUUACAAGGGUUGAAAAAAAGGCUUAUUUCAUGUACAAGUGCAUUAAUAAUCUCGCCCCAGCUUAUCUCUGUAAUUUGUUUGCGCCAAGAACACCGAAUUACUAUUUUCGCAACAUGAAGAAAAAAUUAAUGCUCCCAAAACCAAGAACUGAUUACCUGAAGCGUAGCUUUAGUUACAGUGGCGCUCUUCUAUGGAACAAUCUCCCUGAGGAAAUACGUACAUCAAAUUCCUUAGGUCUCUUUAAGAGAAGUUCCCAUAGAUGGUUUUCUAAUCAGUACUACCACGCGGCAAAUAUGUGAAACAGUUUGUGAGAAUUUUUUGUUAAUUUUGUAUGUUAGACUGAUGUUUUCAACCGUGUAUAAAUAAAGUUAUCAUUCAUUCAGACUUCAUUCCAAAUAUUCCCUACCCUACCCUGGAGGUCCUGUUAAUGAGAAACUGUUUCUAUGCUCUUUCUUUCCUAGAUCAAAACCAAAUUCCAACACAUACCCAUUUUGGCUAUGUAUGACUUCCAACCCUCUGUCCCUUGAAUCACAUGGUAUGGGCAGGCUGAUAUAAUUUAUUUUAUUGAAUUUUAUUUGUUAGCUUUGUCAGAUAUGGCAGGGACGCCAGAACCAGGUGUACCGAUAUAUUGCCGUGGGCCCAAAACAUUCUCUUCCCCCUAAUGAGAAGAUCUUAUUUAAGCACAUUUUGGGCAUUUUUUAAAAUUUUAUUUUGAAAGACACUGAGAAUUAAGUAAAGUGUCUGAUGGUCAUGUUAUUAGUUAAUUGAGAGCAACAUGUUGCAGAACAACCACAGGCAAAUAGGAAAAAUAAGUGAAAGGUUCAUGACAACUAUACUAUAAUUCCCCAUGGAUGUUGCUUCAGAAAAGCUAAGCAGGCUUUUGUAUUAGUCAAGCCAGCUUUUUUACUCAACUGUACCUUCAAAAUUACCCCAUGUGUUUGCCGAGCAAUUUUCUCUUUUUCAGCCACUGAAAUUAGCCAGCAGCAGGCUCUCAUCAACAUCCCUGAUCAUGAUAAUGCCUGUUAGAAACCCUGAAGAAUUAGUCACACCCAGUCAUCCAGCUUCCUUUACUUUGCCAUAAAUGUGUUAAAAGCCUCCCAUCCCCACCCUUCCCCCCUAAUUUUAACUCUCAGCUGCCAAUCACCCACCCUCUGUUAGGGCUAUGUGGUGUCAGGUGAUCUCUAGGCUGUCUGCUGGUACCUGGCCUCGUGUUCAGCCCCCUCAAAUUUUUACGUCUACCUUGGAUUACUUAGCGGCACGUUUUAUUGAUUUCCCUCGGAUGUACUUGCCUAAAUAUCCUAACAUUUUUAGAUGGCGCGUUUUAUGUUUUAAAUAAUCUGUCUUAUUGUAUUUUAUCUCCCUAGAAAAAUCAGAGGACCCCUCUUCACUUCAUAGUAUAUGAAAUUGGUGGAGAUGACGAUCUUUUGGACAUGCUGUUAGAGAAUGGAGCUGACGCAAAUUUAGUUGACUAUGUAUGUUUUAUUCUACCUUAAGCCUUGUUUUUUGUCUGGAAAAUUCUAGACGCUUGGGAAUUUGGUUUUUCCCUAAGACCACCUCAAAUUUGCUCAUGUGUCGUAAAAAUGCCCCAGGUGAGGGUAAGACUUACAGUGAAACCGGGAAAUUUAAAACCGUGAACACCAAAAGUAUUUCUGGAAUGUUAUUGUCUUGCUGAAAGCCAAUCAGGCGUGAGGAAACUAAACCGCAAGCAAGAACUUCGAUUACUUUGUGGUUUUGUGGCCAGUUUGCGUGUCCUGAUCUUUGAUACGAUUGGUCAUAACAUAACAAACAUUCCUGAGAUAUUUCAAGUGUUGACGGUUUUCUCGGUUGCACUGUAAGGCUUAGCUAAUACAGUAAUAUCGAGCUUAAGUAAUGUGAACGUUGACAUCCCAAAAUCAAUGAAUAGCAACCGGAAGUCUAUUAUCUCGCUUGAGGGAACGCUUCUGUCUCAAACAACAAAUCUGAAUGUCUUUGUUUUAACACCUGCUGUAUGAAUUUGUUGAGUCAGAUUACUGAAAGAGAGAAAAUAUCAAGUUUUAGUUGCUAUUUUUGAUGUCAGGAACGUCAACGUUCUGGUUGCUUAAGGUCCCUAUUAUUUUGUAAGGUAAGAGACUGUGGAUUCAAUCGCAACAGACUAAGAUAAGACUAUCGCCCACCAAUCACAGUCAUCUCUGACUGUAACAAACUGACUUAUUGCAGGGAGUAACCGUGCACCAUCCUUUCCUGAUCUAUCGUUGGUAAUUUUUUUGCCUAAUGGGUGCUGUCUCCCUUAGGGUUUCUCUUUACCUGGCUAUAUCUUUCCUGCUUUUCUCUUACAUUUACUUUCAAUGCAGUGGUUGAGAUAAUUUGCAAAAUGUUAAAAGUUGUCUGUUAUUUCCCCUGUCUCUUAUCACUUCUGUCUAGUAUUUUUGGCUCAUUCAAGGUGGAAGAAGUGGAUUUUUAGUUUGUCUAUCAAGAAUGCUAUCUUUUGGUGUGUGUUAAAUAAAGUAAAGUACUAUUUGUUUUGCAGUUUGGCCACACACCAUUACAUUUAGCUGCCGAGAAAGGCAAUCUCUCGGCUGUCAAGGCAUUGGUUAGAAAUCCUCACAGCCCCGCUAACCACAGCAAACAAAGCAAAGUAAGUGUUUCCUUGUGGCUCUUUAAUUGUGUUGCCUAGACCAGCCUUCAAGUAUGUACAAACUAAUUAUAACCAAAGGUUAGGGAGUGUACAUGUGGGCCAAACACCCGUGAUCAGAUUGCGUUUUAUGCAUGCGAUUGUGAUUCAUUCUUAGUGAAGUCUAUAUGAAUGCCGCCUACAUAUCUGCCACUCAUGCGUAAUAGCAACGCUCCAACCCUUGGAGGUUCUAUUUGAGCAGGGUCGAAAUUUUAUUAUUGCUACAUUUGGCGAGAUAGAGCAAGUUUCACGUGAUAGAAUGUCAAAACACCCGUCCAAACGCUCCAACCACUGAGCUACUGGAGGUUCUUUUGUGAGCAGGGGCUCCAAGUUGUGAUAGAAUGUCAAAACACCCGUCCAAACGCUCCAACCACUGAGCUACUGGAGGUUCUAUUGUGAGCAGGGUCGAAAUUUAAUUAUUGCAACAUCAGCCAUAGAGUAGGAAGUGUGGGCGAGAUAGAGCAAGUUUCACGUGAUAGAAUGUCAAAACACCCGUCCAAACGCUCCAACCACUGAGCUACUGGAGGUUCUAUUGUGAGCAGGGUCGAAAUUUAAUUAUUGCUACAUCAGCCAUAGAGUAGGAAGUGAUAGAAUGGUCCAAACGCUCCAACCACUGAUACUGGAGGCAAGUUUCAUCGUGAUAGAAUGUCAGAAACAAGUUUCCGUGAUAGAAUGUCCAAACGCGUCCAACCACUGAGCACUGAGCUACUGGAGGGGUUCUAUUGUGAGCAGGGUCGAAAGUUUUUAAUUCAAAAUUGCUCCAACCACUGAUCAGUGAGCAGGGUCGAAAUUUAAUUAUUGCUACAUCAGCCAUAGAGUAGGAAGUGUGGGCGAGAUAGAGCAAGUUUCACGUGAUAGAAUGUCCAAAAAACCACUGAGCUACUGGAGGUUCCAGGGUCCAAACGCUCCAACCACUGAGCAAGUUUACUGAUAGAAUGGUUCCAACCACUGAGCUACUGGAGGUUCUUUUGUGAGCAGGGUCGAAAUUUAAUUAUUGCUACAUCAGCCAUAGAGGACUGUAUCAGGGAUAGCGCUAUCCUGUGGAUAAAUCUCCAUCCAUUUGAAAAACCAGAGCCGGGAGAGUUCACCUACAUUUGUCAAACUGAGUAAGUUGGGAUAAUCGCGCUUAACUCUCAAAGAAAGUGAAGACACUUUUUAAGGGACGUUUUCACCGCCGUAGCCUUUGUGGUAUCGUUAAAUGCCCUCUUUUCACCAAGCACUUAACACGACACUACAACUAUGGCUAAAAGCGAUUAUGGUGACAUUCAGAUUUGGGUGCAAGUAGAGGUCGCUGAGUAGAAGUACAACUUUGGAAUCUUCAACCUUAUUGUUUGCCUAGUACACUUCUCUUUCUUGUUACUGAUUAGCAGUUUGCGUCAGUGACACGAGACAAUCAAUAUGAAAAGUGUUUAUUUAGGAUAAUGCGGGAUGUAUCCUAAUGACACAACUAUAACAUAGAUUGAAAAUGAAGAAAUGAUCGUCGCAGUGAACGCAAUUUAUGCAAUUGCGUAAAGAAGCCUGAAAAAAAUUCAAGACUUCAAAGGGGUUUGAACCCGAAUUUUUUUCAGGCUUCCUUACGCAAUUGCAUAAAUUGCGUUCACUGCGACGAUCAUUUCUUCAUUUUCAUUUCAUUUCCGCAGUUCAUAUAUGAUUUAUUUCAUAUAUCAUUAUACCAUAAAUUGUUCUAAUAGAAAAACAAGUGCCAAAUUUCCCGGGUCUUUGGUGAAAUGUAUUUUUAUUUUGACAAAGAUCGAUGAAACACCCCUGCAAGUAGCAGAGAGACUUGGACAUCAUCAUGUUAAGACUUACCUUCGUAGGUUGGCGGGAGGAGUGACUGACGUCCAAUCAGAUGGCACUGAUGUAGACAUAUCCGUCAAUGGUAAGUCGUACAUUUCUUCUUAGGAACGGACCAUUACAAAAAAGAAGGGGGAGGUGUGGGGAGUCAAUUCGACCUUGCGUGUAAACUUAACUUAACUUAUUAUUUUUUGGUUUGCCUUGUGUACAUCUUUUUACUUCUUCUCAGCGCGUGUGUAUUUUUUUCUGCCUUUUCCGGCUGUAUGAAUUUUUUUUCAUGUGAAUUUUUCAUGUAUGGAUUUUUUUUCAGUCCUCUCCCUUUUCUUUUCCGAUGGUCCAUCCCCUCAAACUUAAUGGUCCAUGGAAGGUGUAUUACCCGCAAAACAGGAAUCCUGGGUACUCAGUGAACUAGACAAGAAAAAGGGAGAAUUAAUGCGCGCGAUAGGUGCACGAGGAAGGAUGUUCUGGCUCGUCCAUUGAGUUUCGCGCGCCUUAAUUUCUCCUAGCCUGCGAAAGCAUCCGUUUCUCCUCGCUCCUCGCCGCUAAACGUCCCCACUGGCGAAGAGCGAGGAGAAACGGAUGUUUUCGCAGGCUAAAUUUCUCCCUGUCCCUUGCCCCUUGAAAUGCCUACCAAGCAGGCAAUCUGGGAACAAGAUAAGUUUUAUCAAACAGUAAUAAUUUGUGAAUUUAUUUCAAACCUUCUGCGUAAUUACGUAUACAUUGUAUUUUACCUUUAGUAGGAGACGUUAUUUGAUGAGUGACUUCAUUUUUUUGCGCAGGUUCCGUCUUGAGUGUAAAUUUUCAUGCAGAUGACCGCAGGGUUAACCUCAUGGUCGGCAACCAUAAUACAAUGAAUUUAAACAGUUAGUUAAGGUAAGGGAGUAGACAUAAAAUGACCCAGCAGCGUGCAAAGAAAGUCGUGUCCGAUAGCCCAGGGCAAGUGGAUUUCGCUAGUGAUUUUUGUUCUUAACUUGCCCGACAGGCAAGUGCUGUUUCUGGGGGAAAUUCAAAUUACCGAAGGAUUGUGAUCAAUCCUGCUAAUCAAAAAGGGUUUUGGCACUAGUUGAAAUGACUUGUGGGCUAGCACGUGCCAGCUACAGCUUGCCCGAAUGGCAGGCUGUAAAACUGACUUUCUUUGCACCCUGCCCAGACCAAAGCUGUUUGCGUGACUAUAAUCACGUCGUUUACAUAGGAAAAGGCCAUUUCCGAGUUGCUUCAGGCCUCAGAGGCUAAGUGCGAAGGCAUUGAUCUUGAAAUAUUUUUUUAUUCUUAUGCAAAUAAAACUCAUUUUCACAAGAAAAUGUUGCACUUAGCCUCGUUUUGAAAGUUAGAGUAUUUUAGAACUAAAAAAUGCACUAUUACCCAGCGGGGCAGCGCUUUGUUAGAGUCAUGGAAAUGUGUUUGAGUUUAAUCCAAAACUUGUUUUCAUAUGUCGUGGCCACGCUCCAUGAUAUAGAACUGGAACAAGUUACACACUUACAUUUGUUUCUCUGUAGUUUUAGAUAUAUUAUUAUAUAUAUCUAGCCGGAUUUUUUAAGCCGUUACCGCCAAAGUAGCCAUUAUAACAACUAAGAGUGCAACCAUUGUUUUUUUUCCCUUCUCCUCCUUUCUUCCUCCUCGCUUUUCUUUUUCUCCUUUCUUUUUCCUUCGCAUGUGUGAUUUUCAAGCUUUGGCCCUUUUUCAGUCAAAUCGCUGCAGAUUUUGUCAGGUUCGUGUUCAAAAAAUUCAAAAUAUUUCUCCGUCUCUUAUUGGCCGAAAUCCUCUAGCUAAUUCUUCAUAACCAGCUGGCGUCGACCAAGUUUAGAAGACGUUUGCAAAAUUCCGUGAUAAAAUGGCAUCAGUGGUAAAGGCUAUCGCCAGAAAAAGGCACGGCAACCGAGAAACCCUGGGGACGAGCUUAAGUUAGUUCAGUAGUUCUGAUAGAAAGUGGCGGAAAAUUUCACACAUCUUUGGAAGAAAGACCACCCUCGAAGAGGCUUAUCCGCAUCAGCCUUCGGCUUUGGCGGAUAACACUCUCCUGGAUCUGCAUAAUUAUUCAUAUCAUACGCAGCCUCAUUCAAUAAUUGCUAUUAUUAUUCAUUCAAGAUAUUUCUCCGUUUCUGAUUGGAUAAAAUUCCACGCACAAUUCAUUAUAACCAGCUACUGUCGACUAAAUUUGGAAGAGUUUUGCGUUAUGUGAAAAAUGACGACAAUCGUGCGGCAAAUUGCCAGAUUAUUGAAUCGUAAACACCCUCCUUGAUCUCCAUAAUCCUUCAGAUGGUACUCAGCCUCAUUAAAUAAUUGUUAAAUAAUUGUAAUCGUUACAAUGAAAGAACUGAUUUAAAUAAUUUUCCCCUUCAAAUCAUCUGAACUCUUUUUUCUUUCCACUGUUCGAGAGAGUUCUCGGCGGCUGUAAGAGCACGCCAGAAUUGGUCAUCUGCAGAUAACCUGUUACAUCAGGUGUAUUUCUUGCAGGAAGUUUCUUCUUCGAAAAUGCCACUCAUUCUAACGAAGGCAGGGGUCUAACUUCAGUGUGUUAGUGUGAAAAGGUCUAUUGCACCCACAAGGACGCCUGCAACGCAAUCAUGUCUUAGGGUAAAAUGGCUUGACACGCGCGUCUUACAACUGUUUGGCCCUAAUUUGUUUUCAAGGCCAGGAAGUCAUGGCCUCUUUCACCCACUUCGAGUUCUUGUAGACAACAUCAAUUAUGUGAGUCCUGAUUCCCGAAAAAUUUCACCGCCUCCGUUUGUCACUCUUUAUCUCCCCUCUUCGCAGUCCUAGUCUAUCAAGAAGCUUGGAUUUUUGCUCAGUUUUCCGUGCGUCAAGGCUGAACAACUGAACCUGUUGUGGACAGUGUAGCAAGAAUGUUUUUAUAAGUACUUGUCAGGAGAAAUACGUGCAAAUGCACUGAACUUCACAUCAUUUAACAUUAAUAUUAAAAAUCCAGGAAUCGCCUCGUGUAAGGAAAUUGAGAUUCCGGAAUCCGGGAAAUUUUUGCCACUGGAAUGUGGAAUCCUGGACUUUGGGCGACAGGAACUUUUAGUUCAGUGCCCCCCCCCCCGGGGUUCAGUGGCCUUCAAACUGCUUAUCGAGAAAUCCUUUUGUAACCUCACAGGGUUCGUACAGGCCAUGGAAAUCCUGGAAAGUCAUGGAAUUUAAGAAUUUCAUGUUCAAGUCCUGGAAAGUCAUGGAAUUUCAACUGCCGGUCCUUGACAGUCAUGGAAAAUUAAAGUUUUGUCUGGUAGAUUAGUUACUGCAGAUGGCAAAGCAGGGAUAGCGUAAGAUAAAGAGGAGUAAUUAUACGGCACGAAUUUUGCUGGAUACCAGAGUUUGUGUCAGUUGAACUGUUUAAGGUCAAAAAUAUGCUUAAGCCAUUAAGGCCGAUGCACACGAGGGGUUUUGCUCCCGGAGCAUGCUCUAGGCUCAUUUUGCAGGUGUCAGUACACACGAGGGAGGGUUUUCAACAAGUUCGCUCAAUUUGCCUCGGGAGCUUGCUCCCAAAUAUUUAACCUGUUAAAUAUCGUGGAGCAUUUUGCGGGGUGGAAAUUCUGCUCCCGAGGAUUAAGUAUACCCAUGAAAUCGUUGGUACACACGGAGGAGCUUUGCUCCCGGAGCGUGCCCCUGGAGCAUGCUCCGGGAGCAAAAUCCCUCGUGUGUAUCGGCCUUUAAAGUUUUGGAAAUUUUUGAAAAUGACAGCGAAACCUAAGGUCAUAAAAAAAUAGUCGUGAAAAGUCAUGGCAUUUGAAGAACUCAAAAGAGUACGAACCCUGACCUCAGGUGACUCUAUAAAAUAACAAUAUUUAGACAAGAACAGCCGACUUUAACAAGGAGCUAGUUUAACAAAGUAUUUGUAAACUAAAAGUGUGUUAUAUUUAGUCACUGCGGGAUAGAAAGUGACGCAUACGAGUCAGAGCAAAGUAGAUUUUAUGAUAAAAUUUUUAUUUUAGGUUGGUCAAAAACGCCAGAGAGGCUCUUAAGAGUGUUUGAACUACAUCUGUAUUUUAGUCGCCGAUUGUAGUUUAAGCUAAAUGUUCGCUAUAUUUAUUCAAUCCAUGGGUGAAAAUAAUUAUUAUGGACCAAACAGAACGUUGUAGAUAUAAAUUAUAAGAUAGAUAUUUAUUUUAUUAAAUUCCACACGGUAAUUUAGCCGACUAGGUCGGAUAUCGUCUGUUCAAUAAUGUACUUUUUGUAUGUAAAAAGAUACCUUGCCCAGCAUACAAGUAGAAAAAGGUUUUAGUCAGUGUCUGUUUGUACUUUUUUCUUGCAUUGCUUUUAAACAGAUUUGGCAAAGACAACGCCACGACGGUGAAGAAGACGCGCGCAGAUCGUAAAAGCGACUUGACUGAGCAACGGUAGAAAGGCAAAUCAAACAUCGGAAGUCGGGUUCAGUCUUUUUCUGCGCGCUAUCACGACAAGCUGCGUUUUCUUUGUUAAAUUUGUCUAUUAGCAGUUUGCCCUGAGCGAAAAAUCGUAAUAUGAGUUAUUUUAUAACAAAAUAGUCUUUUAAAUGUUUAUAGUUUCCUUUUGUUCUCGAUUUUCUGGUUUCAGAAAUUUGCUCGGCUCCUGUUUUGAGUUAAUAAACACUGAAGAGGC